CACACACAUACCACACAAUAGAUUCUUAAAGUAAAUUCCACUAAAUGUUAAUAUUUCUACUGAAACCACUGAUAUAAAUUAAUUGUGGAAUCGACAAUUUAAUCAUCUCCGUGUUGCCUUGAAUCCAGUGGAGAUAAUCUGUUGAUAUCCUCAGCAAGUACAAUGACAAAACAUUUUGCCAUGGAUCAUGUGCUGAGCAUAGCCGACCAUUACGUCUUCACGCCGUACGUUUAUCCGGCCUCGUGGCCCGAGGAUGAAGCUCUGCGUCAGAUCAUCAGCCUGUGGGUGUUGACCACCCUGGGAGCAGAGCUGAUUUACCUGGGCUUUGGUGCUCUGAGCUUCUAUUGUGUGUUCGAUCAUACGCUGAUGAAACAUCCACAGUUUCUUAAGAACCAGGUCAGACAAGAAAUCCAAUUAGGAGUUGCCGCCAUCUUCUGGAUGAGCUUCCCCACAGUAGCCCUUUUCUUCUGCGAGGUCAGGGGAUUCAGCAAACUUUACGACAACUUCAGUGAAUCCUCGCUGGGCUGGCCUGGAGUCUUCCUGAGCGUUGCUGGAUUCUUGUUCUUCACUGAUAUGUGCAUCUACUGGAUUCACCGGUGCAUGCACCAUAGGAGCAUUUACAAGCAAUUACAUAAGCAGCACCACGUAUUCAAGAUCCCUACGCCAUUUGCCAGCCAUGCCUUCCACCCAAUAGAUGGCUUCCUGCAGAGCUUACCCUACCACGUCUACCCUUUCAUCUUCCCACUCCACAAGGUCGUCUACCUCUCACUCUUUGUUUUUGUCAACAUUUGGACAAUUUCCAUACAUGACGGAGACUACCGUAUCCCGGGCUGCCUGAUAAGUCUAAUUAACGGUGCUCCUCACCAUGUAGACCAUCACCUCUACUUCUACUACAACUAUGGACAAUACUUCACACUCUGGGAUCGCCUAGGGGGCUCAUACCGACACCCCUCAGCCCUUGUCGGGAAGGGGCCACAUGACCAUGUCCGGAAGCUCAUGGCCAAGUCUGCAAAGACAGAGUGAUUGUGGGAUCUGCAUUCAUACCUCUUAGGGAGAAAACAUGUAAAAUAAUCAUGUGCCAUUCAAAGCAAAGUUUGGCAAAGGAAGGCGUUUUGCUGCAAGUGUUCAAAAUAGUAAGAUGUGAAAUACAGGUGAGGAGCUGUAUGUUUCAUACUUGUCCAGUUGUAAUGCAGUUCGGGGAGUGAGAUGAAUUCAGGAUUUGUCUGGAAGCGGUUGUAACUACAGUUCUCAGUCUUUCAGCUUCCAAUGCUGGGUGUGUUUUCAUGAAGGCUCUGCAGGGCGAGGUCUGUCCACUUCAUCUCCUGUUCUUUCACAGACUCUGUGGAUCCUCCAUUGUCCUGCUCAGCCUCUGGCAGUUCACUCUAAUUAAAGAAUGAAAAAGACAGGAUGCCAUGAGAAAGAGUAUAAUGUUAAAUCUAUCUCUGUUUUCUCUAUCCUUUAUCAGUAUGAUGGCAUAAACAAGUAUGAUUUUACUACAGUGAGAGCUUAUAAAGUCAGGUUCAGAUUAAUUGUAGAUGUAUUGAGACUGAAUAAGCAUUUCCGUGUCUAGAGUUGAGCAAGAAGACAAUAAAUCUUUUAUUUGUUA